CCGAAAUUAACAAGUCUACUGAAGAUAUUGACAAUCCAUAUCAUCAUUUCAAGAUUACCACCAAAAUGUCAGGAUUUGUUAGAAGAAUAAUUCAUACAUCGAAAGCACCUAAAGCUGUAGGGCCUUAUAGUCAAGCAGUUGUUGCUGAUAAUACUAUGUAUAUUUCUGGACAGAUAGGAUUUAAUCCAGAAACUAUGGAAUUGGUGGAAGGUGGAGCAGUUGGGCAAGCCGAUCAGGCGUUAAAGAAUAUGGGAGCAAUUUUAGAAGCUGCUGGUGCAACUUUCAACAACGUUGUUAAAUGUACAGUAUUAUUACAAGAUAUUAAUGAUUUUACCAAAGUAAAUGAAGUUUAUUCUAAAUAUUUUAGUAAAUCACUUCCGGCUAGAGCAGCCUAUCAAGUUGCUGCCCUUCCAAAGAAUGGAUUAGUUGAGAUAGAGGCUAUAGCUGUAUUGGGAGAAGUCAAAGAUCAAUGACUACAUUUUACUAGGACAUCUAAAUCUUAUCUUUGAAUUAUCUUUGUGCCUUUUGUUUUGUGAGUGAUCAAUAGAGUAUUUUCUUUGUUAUUGUAAUUAUCAAAUUGUGAAAAUUAUUUUUUAAUGGGCUAAAUACUAUUUUAAUAGUUUAUAAUAUAAUAUAUACGUUAAAAUUAUACAAUUCUUUAUAUAGAAUAUUGAAUAUUACUUACUGAUAUGUAUGAGUUUUAUAUGUACAUUUAGACAGUGAUAUCUUUACCUAUAUAGAAGUAACCUUGAUUAUCUAAGAAUUAAAUCUACCCAUGUC